GGCAUAUCUUUUCCUCAUCUCUCUUUUUUUCUUGCUUUAGUUUCAGAAUAAAUCAAACCUGAAUUUUGUAAACCAAAUGGAGAAGAGAAAACAAUUUGGCUCAGGAGCUUCUGCAUCUGCUUCCAAAAAGUCUAGGUCCACCAAUGAUGAUGAGGAUUAUGAGAUGAAUGAUUUUGAUGACAUGGACCAAGACUACCCAGAUGAUGAUGAGCUGGACCAAAUGGAAGCUGCUGCAUACAAUUGUGAAUCUUCUUCACCAGUUGAUGAUGCUGUUGGAUACCCAGAGUGGAAGAGGCCCAACAUGCCUCCUGUUUCUGCUGAUAAAGAGUCCUUAGUGUUUCAGCAGCUGGAAAUAGACCAUUACAUUGGCAAUGCUCGGAAGGACAUGCCUGGACAACAAGCUGGUCGGGUGCCCAUCAUGCGUAUGUUUGGGGUCACAGACAACGGCAACUCAGUGUGCUGUCAUGUGCAUGGCUUCAGUCCUUACUUCUAUGUCAAAUGUCCACCUAUAUUUAAGGAACAGCAUCUUGCACCAUUCAAGACGGCUCUUGACCGAGCGCUGUUGGACGACAUGCGUAGCAACAAGGAGCAGAUUACCGACGCUGUGCUGGCUGUAGAUCUGGUCAUCAAGGAGUCCAUCUAUCAUUUCCACAACAACGAGAAAGUGCCGUUCCUGAAAAUAACCGUGGCGCUUCCACGACUCAUUGCUGCCUGCAAGAGAUUGCUUGGUGAUGGCAAAGUGGUUGUGGCAGAUAUCGGCACUCCGCCAUACGAGGCAUACGAGUCUAAUGUUGACUUUGAGGUUAGGUUCAUGGUAGACAAGGCACUUGUGGGAUGCUGUUGGGUGGAGUUACCUGCUGGCAAAUACACGGUGCGCUCUAACAAAGAAACGAUCACAAGCUGCCAGUUGGAAGUGGACGUCGCAUGGGAUAAGUUCAUCGCCCACCCUCCUGAGGGAGAUUGGGGGAGACUGGCUCCCUUUAGGACGCUCUCAUUUGACAUUGAAUGUGCCAAUAGGAAAGGCAUUUUCCCCGAGUUCCAGAUGGAUCCUGUGAUACAAAUAGGCAACUGCGUGAAGCGGGAAGGAGACUCCGAGCCCUUCAUCCGCACCAUCUUCACCUUGGGGGACUGCGCUCCCAUCGUGGGGGCGCGGGUCUUGUCCUUCAAGGACGAGAAGGCCAUGCUUGAGGCUUGGGCAGCAUUCGUGCGGCAGGUUGACCCCGAUAUCAUCACAGGCUACAACAUCAACAACUUCGAUUUCCCAUACCUGAUAGACCGCGCACGCCACCUCAAGUGCUCGAAAUUCCCGUAUCUGGGCCGCGUCAGAGCAAUUCAAUCAGUGGUAAAGACGACCAUGUUGCAGAGCAAGCAAAUGGGCAAGCGAGAAAAUAAAUCUGUCAAUAUCGAAGGACGCACUCAGUUCGACGUGAUCCUUGUGCUGCUGAGGGAAUACAAGCUACGAUCCUACACUCUGAACGCCGUGUCCUACCACUUCCUACAGGAGCAGAAGGAGGACGUGCAUCACUCCAUCAUCACCGACCUCCAGAAUGGCAACGAUCAAACCAGAAGAAGAUUGGCGGUAUACUGCCUUAAGGACGCUUACCUGCCGCUGCGCCUCAUAGACAAGCUCAUGUGCGUCAUCAACUACAUGGAGAUGGCGAGGGUGACGGGCGUGCCGCUCUCGUACCUCCUCACCAGAGGACAGCAAAUUAAAGUCAUGUCGCAGCUUCUCAGGAAGGCUGCAGAACAGAACCUGGUGAUACCCGUGCACCAUGGUGUAGGUGACGACGAGUUCGAGGGCGCCACCGUGAUUGAGCCACGACGUGGCUAUUAUGAUACGCCCAUUGCCACGCUGGAUUUCUCUUCACUGUAUCCCUCCAUCAUGAUGGCUCACAACCUCUGCUACACUACAUUAAUUACCUCUCCAAAGCACGCCGAGACUCUUGGGAAAGUGACUUUCAUUGUAGCAAGUUCAAUGCAAGAUUACAUCAAGACACCGUCGGGGAAUUAUUUUGUCAAGUCCCACAAACGGAAGGGCUUACUACCUGAGAUCUUAGAGCAUCUUCUCGCAGCUCGUAAGAAGGCUAAAUCUGAUCUUAAGAAUGAGACAGACCCUCUUAGAAAGAAGGUGUUAGAUGGCCGUCAACUUGCACUGAAAAUCUCAGCAAACUCAGUGUACGGCUUCACUGGCGCACAAGUCGGCAAGCUGCCUUGCUUGGAGAUCUCUCAGAGCGUCACGUCUUUCGGUCGUACGAUGAUUGCCUUCACGAAGGAUGAAGUGGAGAAACAGUUCAGAACCGAGAACGGCUAUGAGCACGACGCUGAAGUUAUCUAUGGAGACACUGACUCCGUUAUGGUCAAAUUUGGAGUUACAACCGUGGCUGAGGCAAUGAAACUUGGCAGAGAAGCUGCUGGGUUUGUGUCGGCAAAGUUUGUCAACCCCAUCAAUCUUGAAUUUGAAAAGGUUUACUUCCCCUACCUUUUGAUCAAUAAGAAGCGUUAUGCUGGCCUCUACUUCACGAAGCCUGAUGUGCACGACAAGAUGGACUGCAAGGGCAUUGAGACGGUCAGAAGGGACAACGCUCCCAUCGUCGCUAAUCUUAUCAAUAACUGCCUACAAAAAAUUCUCAUCGACAGGAAUCCUAACGGCGCCGUGGAGUUUGCAAAGCAAACAAUCGCGGACCUUUUGUGUAACCGCAUCGACAUUUCACAACUCGUAAUAACGAAAGAGCUGACGAAGACGGAGAAAGACUACGCUGCUAAGCAGGCACACGUUGAGCUCGCCAGCAAAAUGAAGAAGCGCGAUGCUGGCAACGCCCCCAAACUGGGCGACCGCGUGCCCUACGUCAUCAUUGCGGCCGCCAAGAACACUCCAGCAUACGAGAAAGCAGAGGAUCCCAUAUACGUGUUGGAGAACAGUCUUCCCAUCGACUACGAAUACUACCUCACUAAUCAGUUAAGCAAGCCAUUGCUCAGGAUAUUCGAGCCAAUCCUGGGAGAUAAAGCUGAAUCCAAGCUAUUGCGAGGAGAUCACACGCGGACGCGCACCAUCUCCCACAGCAAAGUGGGCGCCAUGGCAAAAUUCAUCACCAAGAAAUACGCUUGCAUCGGCUGUAAAGUGCCCGUGGCCAGUGCCAGCGUAGCGCUCUGCAGUCAUUGCAAAAGCAAGGAAGAUGCCGUGUACAUGCAGCAAAUAUCUGUCCUCGCAUCUCUUGAGAGUAAAUUCAAUCGUCUGUGGACGCAGUGCCAGCGGUGCCAAGGCUCACUGCACGAGGAGGUCAUAUGUACGAGUCGCGAUUGUCCCAUCUUCUACAUGCGGAAGAAAGUACAGCUCGAGCUUACAGAUCAGGAUAAAAUCGUCCAGAGAUUUGGCGCCCCUUCCUGGUGAAAACAGAUCAUAGUUUUGUCACGAGGCCUAGUUGUGGGUGACGACCAAUUUAGGUGUCGAUUGAUCAGCCACAUAAGUAUUUUCCUUAGUGAAAAUCCCGUUCUGAAAUUUUAAUGAAGAUCUCAUUAUUCUUUUUCUAUAAUUUUGUUGAAUUUGUUUGAAUGAAGUUGCAAAGUUUUCCCUUUGAUCUCGAUUCUAAAUCUCGAGUAAUUGGACGGCAGAUAUGGCACAUUCAUCGAAAAAUGCAGUAUUUGAUGCUCCUUUUGUACAGUUAAUAGUUGAAAUUUUCUCGUUUUGGUUGGUUCAAUACUACCAUAUGACUGGU